CCGGUCCGGUCCGAGGCACGAGCUCACAGAAACCGACAAUGACAACAAACGGAGCGAGUAACGGAACCAGCGACAUGCUGCAGAUCCAGUUCGGUCUGAUCAACUGCGGGAACAAAUACCUCACAGCGGAGACCUUCGGGUUCAAAAUCAACGCCUCCGCCUCGAGCAUGAAGAAGAAGCAGAUCUGGACUCUGGAGCAGAGCGGGGAUGAGUCCAACGGAAACGUGUUCUUGCUCAAGUCACAUCUGGGCCGGUACAUCGCCGCCGAUAAGGACGGGAACGUUACCGGAGACAGUGAGACCCCGGGCCCGGAGUGCCGGUUCAUCAUCACCGCCCAUGAUGACGGCCGCUGGUCCUUGCAGUCCGAACCUCACGGACGCUACCUGGGUGGCACCGAGGACCGGAUCAUCUGCUUCGCUCAGACCGCGGCCGUGGCGGAGAAAUGGAGCGUGCACAUCGCCAUGCACCCGCAGGUCAACAUCUUCAGCCUGACGCGCAAACGGUACGCGCACCUGAGUUCCAAGGUGGACGAGAUCGCCAUCGACCGGGACGUCCCGUGGGGGGUGGACUCCAUGAUCACGCUAGUGUUCCGUGAGCAGCGCUACCACCUGCAGACCUCUGAUAACCGGUUCCUGAAGAACGAUGGAGCGCUGGUCGCCACGACGGACAAGAGCACGGGCUACACGCUGGAGUUCCGAUCUGGCAAGGUGGCGUUCAGGGACUGUAAUGGCAAGUACCUCGCGCCCUCCGGGCCCUCCGGUACCAUGAAGUCUGGUAAGAGCGCGCGCGUGGGCAAGGACGAGCUGUUCGUGCUGGAGCAGAGCCACCCGCAGGUCGUGCUCACCGCUGCCAACGAGAGGAACGUCUCCACCCGGCAAGGUAUGGAUCUGUCAGCCAAUCAGGACGAGGAAGGUGACCAGGAAGUCUUCCAGGUGGAGAUCUGUCGUGAAAAUAGGAAGUGUGCGUUCCGGACCGCUGCCGGGAAAUACUGGACCCUCACUGCGAACGGCGGCCUUCAGUGCACCGCCUCCACCAAGUCGGCUAAUUGCUACUUUGACAUCGAGUGGCGUGAGAAGAGGCUGACUCUCCGGGCUGCUAAUGGGAAAUACGUCGCCGCCAAGAAAAACGGCCAGCUAGCAGCCUCCGUCGACUCUGCCGGAGAGACUGAGGAGUUUAUCAUGAAGCUGAUUAACCGCCCGAUCAUCGUGCUGCGUGGGGAGCACGGCUUCAUCGGCUGCAGGAAGGUGACCGGGACGCUGGAUUCCAACCGCUCCUCCUACGACUACUUCACUCUGGAGUUCAGAGACGGAGCCUACAGCCUUCAAGACUCCACUGGUAAAUACUGGAUGGUGGGUAACGAGCAGUCGGUGGUGAGCAGCAGCGACACACCCGUCGACUUCCUCUUCGAGUUCUGCGACUACAACAAGCUGGCCAUCCGCCACGUCGCCGACGGCAAGUACCUCCGCGGCGACCACGCAGGUGUGCUGAAGGCCAACGGCGACGACCUGGAGACCGCCACAUUCUGGGAGUACUGAGGGAAGUGGGGGGGAAAGCAUGGCAACGUGGAUGCAGUCGCCCACUGCUGCGAUGUUGAUGAAUGAAAUGAAGUGCGGCGACGCAGCACAGCAGCACUACCCGUUCAUACAUCUACCUACCCACAAUCCCCACUCCCCCUCCAUUCCUUUAUAUUAUACCCUGUACUUAUGACUUUAUUAUGUUGAUAAACUGCACAGAGAGAAAAGGAAGGAUGGGAAGGAGACAAUACUUUCUCUCCUGCCUCCCUUUCCUUCCUCUUUAUCUACCUAUCCCUCCCUUUCUCAGCUCUGCUCUGCAGUGUCGACCUUUAUCUGUUGCCAUAGUUACCGUGGGGCUGUGCACUUUCCUGCUCCAAUCUGGUUUGCUGCUCGACCUGUCACUCACCCCUCUUCCUCGCGUUACCAUUGGAGGCCCUAUUCACGCUCAGCCGGGCCGUACUUCCUCCCAGAGCAGAGCUACGUUUAAAGAGCCCCCCCCUGUCUGAGUUAACCCCUCGUCUUUCUACUUGUCCCUAUUGUCUGUGUGAGCAGCACAUGGUGGCAGUAUUUAUGGUGUCUGACCUGGUGUGGUAGAUCAGUUCCUACCUGAUCUAAUCUCUAAAAACUGAUUCACUCCUGGAUAAAGUCUGCUUCAGCUGCUUCCUGUCAGUGGGUCUGUUUUUGUGUAGAUUGGUUGAGUAGAAACAGAUUUUCUGUGUUUGUGUGGAAGCGUCUAUCAGAUCUCGUAUGUUUGUUUCUGGAGCAGGCCCUGUUGCCUCUGUGUGAUGACUAUGUGAUAUAACUGGAGUGGAUCUGAUGAAGAUGAUGAUAAUGAUGAUAAAGAUAUCGAAGAUGAUGUUCUUGACGGGUUUAACCCCACUCUUCAUCUCAACUGUAAAAUAUUCAAAUGUAAACCAGUUUCCUGUGUUGUUCUCUAGCUGUGUUCUCAUUGGUUGGCAGGGAGUCUGAUUUCCUGGACCAAACAGGAUGUAGGAAGUUAAAACACUUGUCACCCCCACCCCCCUUCCACAAACCUAUUGUCCCGAGAACAGUAUAAAGCAAAUUUAAAAAUAAACCCAGUGCGGUCACUUAUGUUUACUGCACUCACCUGUCUUACUGGAAGAAAAAGCACUCGCUGACACACAGUUGGAUUAAUCUCUUUUUCUAUGUCCAAGGCACAGACAUUAUCAUGGGUGGGAGUACAGUAGGUAGCCAUAGCAACUGGAGUGAAAUGAUUUAUAGACCCUUUAUGAAAGCUGCUUUUUUAAAUCCCUUGACCGAACACAAACCUCAUCCUUUAUUUCUAGACCAAACCUUUGAUACUGGAUUAAUAAACCAUCUCAGUGACUCUCACACAACUGACAAAACUGGAACCUGGUGCUACUAACUCACCUAUAACAUGUUAAGAAAUGUUACCGUUACCUUACAAGCAUCUCACAUACUGUCUGGACCAACAAAUCAUCAAAUCAGGAGAAUUAUAAGUUUAAAAGAGCAAGAAUCUGCUCCUUUUUUUUUUUUUUGGGUUUGGCUUCAGUCCGGCCUUUUUGAGCAGUGUUACGGCAGCCUUUUAAUGAGAUAUGAGUAGAUCUUAUUUCUUUGUGUUGGAUGUUCCUGACUCAUCAGUGAAGGUGGGGAGGGGAUAUGUUUAAAAGAAAAAAAGAAGCAGACUUGUCUUUCUGCUAAAUUUGUUGUUUAUUUGACUGAAAUGUUUUCUGUUACGCAGUCGUGUAGCACAUUGCUCCCAUGAGUCCUGACUUCUUUGAUUCUCUACCCUUCAAGCAUUUCUCUGAUGUGGAAAUCAGUAUGGAAAACCAAUCACUGUAGACCCAUGAAAUGAUACAUGAUUGUAGCCAGCUCCUAACAAAGUCCCUCCUUUUUUUUUUCUUUCUGAAGUUUAGUCCAUUUUUGCAAUGAAGGGUUGAGAAUCUCAAGCGAAUGAAAAGAGCGGUUAUCCUCGCAGAAACAGUCUCCAAGGUAACCAAGUCCAAGGCUUAGACAAACGGAUGUGGAAGGGUAAACAUGUGGUAAUGACUGUGCCUUACUCUUUUUGGGCAGUAGGAAAAUAAAAGAUUAAAAAAAAAAAAGUCCACAUCUUUGCUUUGUAUAACUGGAACUUCCUUUUGUAUUAUUAUUUUGUAUAAUUUUUUGAUAUUGUGGAUUAAUCUCUCUUGUGCCAUUGGUUCACCUGAAAUCCAACGACCAAUAAAACUGGGAUUUGGA